AGGCUUUGGGGUGGCAACGGGAACAUUUGACACCAACAGAGGCAGCAGUACACACACAUAGGUUAUCGAAAUAUGUUCAGAAAUAAUUACGAUAACGACGCAACCACCUUCUCGCCAACGGGACGUAUUUUCCAGAUAGAAUAUGCCAUUGAGGCCAUAAAACAGGGCUCAGCGGCUGUCGGAUUGGUGAGCAAGACACAUGUGGUGUUGGCAGCGUUGAAGAGAAAUGCCGAGGAAUUGGGCUCCUACCAGAAAAAGAUAAUCAAGGUCGACGACCAUAUGGGUGUGGCGCUUGCUGGGUUGGCACCAGACGCUAGAAUCUUGUCCAACUACUUGCGUCAACAGGCCAUGUCUUCGAAAAUGGUGUUCAACAGACCUUUGAGUCUCUCCAAGGCCGUCCACUCUAUAGCCGACAAGGCGCAAGAAAACACACAGUCUGCAGGCGGCCGGCCUUACGGUGUGGGUUUGCUUGUGGCAGGCUACGACGACACAGGUGCUCACCUGUACGAAUUUUUGCCCUCUGGCUCGGUGCUAGAGUAUGUAGGUGCCGCCAUUGGUGCAAGAUCUCAGGCUGCUAAGACCUUUAUGGAAAGAAAACUAGAAGAUUUUCCAGACGCCUCAAAGGAACAACUAAUAGAGUAUGCCCUGAUUGCACUCAGAGACACACUUGCUCAGGAUAAAGAACUAAAUUCCGCUAAUACAACCGUUGCGGUUGUCGGAGUCGAUCAAGAUUUCACCGUCUAUGAUGAUGACGAUGUCGAGCCAUGGUUGAACCUUCUAGACAAUCUAGCAAACACUAGAAAUACCGCGCUUAAGGAUGACGAUGACGACGAUGACGAUGAUGAGAACGACGGAGAUAAAGCGACCUCGGGAGAGGCGGCAACGGAGGCUGGAGAUAGUGCUGAUGCAGGCACUCAGCCAUCAGCGGAGUCCGAGUCUAUGGAUGUUGAUCCAUAGAUAGUUUAGACACAACGUCACACUAAUCACAUUUAUGUAUGUAUCUGUCUACGUAAUUACACUUAUAGAUACUAAAUUUAAAUACCGUCUAA